AUGGUGUGUGUCUUGCUUCUCAGGGGUGUCUGGAUAGAAGUUCUGGCUUUGACUCUGCUGGUGCUGAAUUCCCAAGUGGCUGCAGGCAGACAUGCCCCAGAGCAUUUCACGGAGCAGGUGAAGGGCGAAUGUUCCUUUGUGAACCGGACGGAGCACACGCGGUUUGUGCUGAGGGCCAUCUACAACCGACAGGAGUACGCGCGCUUCGACAGCGAGGUGGGGGUGUUUGUGGCUACUACAGAGCUCGGGCGGCUCACUGCUCAGUUUGCUAACAGCCACAAGGAGUUCAUGGAUCACUUACGGGCUGCGGUGGACACUUAUUGCAGGCACAACUACGAGGUGUUUGAGCCCGCUUCAGUGCCCAGGAGCGCUGAGCCUGAGGUGACUGUGUAUCCAUCAAAGAUGGCUCCCCUGGGACACCACAACCUACUUGUCUGCUCUGUCACUGGUUUCUAUCCUGGGGAAAUUGAAGUCCAAUGGUUCCUGAAUGGACAGGAGGAGACAGAGGGGGUUGUGUCCACAGGCCUGAUCAGCAAUGGAGACUGGACCUACCAGAUCCUGGUGAUGCUGGAAAUGACCCCCAAGCGUGGAGAUGUCUACACCUGCCAAGUGGAGCACUCCAGCCUUCAGAGACCUGUCAUCUUUGACUGGAAAGCACAGUCUCAAUCUGCCCAGAAUAAGAUGCUGAGUGGAAUCGGGGUCCUUGUGCUAGGGCUGAUCUUCUUUGUGGUUGGCCUCAUUGUGCACAAGAGGAAUCAGAAAGGAAAUUGUGGUUCUCAACCAACAGGGCUCCUGAGCUGAUCCCUGAGGCUGUGUGCCCUGGAACUGUUGCCUCCCCUCAGCCUCCCUCUCACGUUUGCCUAGAUCUCCAGGAGGUUAACUCUACUGACACUUUCCCUGGAAUAGCUCCUUCCCUGUACCUUUAUCUCUUUCUGGACU